CGCUGCAUCGUCCAACAGGGGAGGAGAAAUCAAAACAGUGUCACUGGCUGUUGCUUCUAUAAAAUCACAAAAAGUGCUUCCGAGGAACCACAGCAGCAGAUCUGUAGAGAGCAACACACCUACUGAGACAUGCAAAGCCUUCCCAAGCCUCCGUUUGCCAGCUGGCUCAUAGAGCAGGUGGGGACGGGCCAGUACACGGGCCUGCGCUAUGAGAGCCAAAACAAGUUCAGAGUCCCCUGGAAGCACAACUCUAGGAAGGACUGCAAUGAUGAGGACAGUAAAAUAUUCCGGGCAUGGGCAGUAGCGAGUGGAAAAAUCAACGAGUUCCCCAACGACAAGGCCAGGUGGAAAACCAACUUCCGGUGCGCUCUGAACAGCCUCUCUUUGCUCUUCAAGAUGAUAAUGGAUAAUUCCAAGAAUUCUGAUGACCCUCAUAAAAUCUAUGAGAUUACCAAGACUGAGUACAACUAUGAAAAUCUGCCAAAACAAGACUCCCAGGAGGAUUGUGACAUGAUUCCAGAUAUCUACGACUCUACCAUAGAGUACUUAGCCUCAGGAAACGAGCAUAUUCUUCUUAACAAUUUCAUGGCCUUGGAUCUUGGCAACCAACCAUCAGAUGAGCAACGGUGGACACAAAACUAUAAUCAGCACAAUCCAGCUGUCACUGAAAGCUAUCCUGUAGCAGCCAAGAACCACCCACAGCUUUCUUACUGCGAGGUGAAUCCUCCGCCAGUCCUCAGUUUACCUCUGCAGCCAAGUAUAUAUGACCUGGAGAUCUCCAUACACUACAGGAAAAAAGAAAUGCUAAAGACCACGCUUGCAACUGCACUUCUCCAGCUCCACUACCACCAGGAGGCCCCUGAGCUCAAUGCCCACCAUCUCUGCUUCCCCUCCACUGAAUGUCUGCUGGACCAAAAACAGGUUGAGUACACCAACUGUAUCCUGAGCAGCAUCCAGAGAGGUCUCUUCCUGGUGGUACGGGACACUGGUAUCUAUGCCUGGAGACAGGACAGGUGCCAUGUGUUUGCCAGCACCAGUGACCCCAGUGUGGCUCACCCAAACCCAAGCAAGCUGCCCCAGAACACCAUGGUGGAGCUCCUCAGCUUUGAGAAGUAUGUGAACGAACUGAAGCAGUUUAAGGAGAACAAUGGCCGCUCUCCCGACUACACCAUCAACAUGUGCUUUGGAGAGAAGUUUCCUGAUGGAAAACCUUUGGAGAAGAAGCUCAUUGUAGUCAAGGUGGUUCCUCUGAUCUGUCGACACUUUCAUGAGAUGGCACAGAUGGAGGGGGCUUCGUCUCUUCACAGCGCCAACGUCAGCCUCCAGAUCUCACACAACAGCCUCUAUGAUCUCAUUAACUCUGUCUUUAGUCUACCGACAGCUGAAGAGGCAGCACGGGCUGCUGUGCCGUUUCUACCUCAAAUCUGAAAUCUCUCACUUGCCUCUAAUGGGGACUAUUUCUACUACCUAUGGGUCCACACCCUGCUCUUGCCCAAAGCUUUGUUUAAAAAGUAGCCAAAUUGACGACCUGUUGAAUGUGUCGGAGAAGCUGGAAGGAGGAAGACACAACAUUUAAUUGGGUUUUGCGUAAUGCUAUCACUGAUCAACAGUAACUCCACCCUCCUGCUGUGCAUGAUCUCCUGUUCAUAUUUGUCAAUGUUAGGAAAGAAAUGACACUUUUAUCACUACAUUAGUAGAAAUGAACUCCUCCAAUAUUGGACGGUUACAUUACUCAACUCAAAGGCCUUGCCUUAGAAUAAACUCUUAUGAUUUACUGUAAAUGUCAAAUCAUCUCUUAAUGAAAUGUAUUGUUUAGUUGAUAUGUUUGUUUUAACCAACAUAGUGGUUGAUCACAUAUUUAUGAGCUUGUAAAAUGCAGAAAUAGUGUAUGAGGAAGCUUAACUGCAAAAUAUAUAUGUUUUUGGUGUGCACUUCAGAAUUUGUUAACCAUUUUUAUACUCGGCUGGUCCUUUUGCACUUUUCUUACUGAAUAAACCGCACUGGCAUUAUUUAUAUUUGAAAUAAAGCUUGAAACUUUGAA